AAUACAACAUCAAGGUAUGGUUUAAAAAAUCUUAAAUCAUUGAAAGGUGAAUACGUAGCUGUUUCACAGGUUGGCCAUCUCUUUAUCCAAACCAUUUUCCAUCAAAUUCGCCCCUGGUGGGAAGGGAGACAAGUACCUCUGAGAGGACAAAAGCCCGUCCCUGGUGGGACGAGAUGCCGCCACCUCUGAGAGGGAGCGCGGGCAUUAUUUACGCGCUUGGCCCCAGGCGGGACACAAUGAGGCGCCACAACGCUUUGCGAGAGGUGUGCCGCGAUUGGUGCGCAGCAUUACGGAGGAGGCUGGGACGCGUGGAGCCCCUUGCUGUGCUUACUAACUAGGGAGAUACAAGGGCAGCGCCUACUGGCGUGGCUGAUGGUUAGCCCUCCGGUGAUACAAGAGAACGAAAGAGAGACGGCCAGCCCGGGACGCCCUCCUCCGUUGUGUGCCAGGGCUUUCGCUCUCCUGAUGAGAUGAACCGCCAACGGCACAGCAGGAGCGGGGGGCGCGUUGGUUGCCGUGCUUUUUGUCUUCUGUGUGUCCAACUUCAAGGUGAGGAGAGCCCCACAGCCUCGGCGGGCCGGCGCCGUCUCGGUUUCUUCCAGCGAAAGGCAAACGGGUACGGGCAGGGCCAUGGCUGCGACGCCGUGAGGGGACUCGGCGGGCUUGUUGGCUGCCUUGGUGUGGUUGCCUUCUCGCCCUUUCUCGUGUAGUGCUAGUGUGCGUGGCCUGGUGGCUCGCCUCGCCCUCAUAGGCAUGAAUCUGCCCGCCCCCUCCACCUUCUUGCUUUCUUCGCCUUUGCCUCCUCGGUUGCGGUCGUAGACGUAGUUGUAGAGGGUGGACCUGGACCCCAGCCACGGAACCGCGCACCAGGCGCCAGUGCAUGCUGCUUAGUCCCAGGCGGGCAGACGACACGACAAAACUUACCCUCUGGGCUCCGAUCGCUCCGCUCUGGUAGCUGAGUUGAGGAGGCCAAGGCGGACCGGGUCACUUGAAGCGGAGCUUCUCUGAUGAACACCGGCUGCCGGCUCCGCUGCUGGAGUUUUAACCCCGCUAGUCUGGAACACGCGCGCGCGCGUGACGGCAUGGCCCCCGGCCCGGCCUCAAGUUCCCCCGGAGACUGAACACGGGCGACGUCUGAAGCUGCAAGGCAGUACCGUGCAAGGCUUCACGUGUUGACGAGUCCGCUUCCAUACAUACUUACACACACACACUCUCCAUCAAAGAAUAUUAUAAGAAUCUUAUUGCAAAAGACGUAUUUGAGUAUUCAUAUUUCUUUGGCCUAACGUCUCUCACGACGAUCUUCCACACUUUCGAUUCUGAAAAGGUGACUCUGUAGGUUUUCUUUUCGAUGCAGACCCGGGAGUGACAUUUUGAAUUUUCAGCGGAUCACUAUAUUAUAUUUAUAUAAAUAACUUGAACUUUCAGCAUUAGCAGCUGCUCCUUGAUGUCUACCUCUAAUUACAAGAAAUCUAAGGCUAACUCAAUAUGUGAGAUCGGUGAGCUCCUUCCUCUAUGCGAGCGCUACUUCUGUGAGACAUCGGAAAUGGUGAGUGUCUCUUCAGUGGCAUAAAGAACGCACAACUCGGAUGAUAUGUCAACUCCACCACAAUGACGAUACUAUUUUCAGUGGACCACGUUAAUCAGAGAAAGCUACAACCAUGUCUACCUCCAACAAGUCUCGCAAACUUUUGCCUCGGGCGCGCGUUGAUGAUAUUUUUCUUUCACUAACAAAUACAGACACUAGCAUCACGAACCAACAAAGCGAUACGCCGACUGUGGGAGCCCUCGAUGGCAGCACCAAUAACGAUCUCACGCCAGCCGAAGCAACUCAUGAAAAAUCUUUGAAAAAGAACGAUGAAAACAAUGUGGAGGUCUACAACCCGGAAUCUUCUGGAAAAAAUAUAGAUAAUGUUGGAGGCGUGCCCACAAAAGUACAACUAAAACGAACACGGGACGAGGGCCCAGCUGGUAAGACACCUGCCGGUGAAGAGCGUUGUGACCUACUACAGCCUCCGCAUCAACAUAGUCAGCACGUGGGACAAAGCGGUGAGGGUGACGCGACUUCAUGCGCAGCCAUUUUGCCACUGCUGACUUUGCAGCGCGAACAAGAGACGGAGCGUGAUUUCCCGUUCGAUUUACGAAGGUCCCAACUGGUUGCCCGCCUCUACGAGCUAGCCCUGGAUCAGGCAGACCCGGAGACCGGCGUCCUCCAGCAUGAUGUUGCUCAACUUAAGGCUAGUUUUUUAAGUACUGCACGACAGAUUUUUAACGUGCCUACGAACUGUUGUAAGGUGCGUUCAUUUCAGCUUGGUUUCAUACUAGCUCGUGCCGGUAUCUAUAUCUCAACGACGUCACCGCGCGGUGAGCCAGUAUUGAAAAACUAGAUCGAUCUAAGCAACUUUUCUUACUCGAAGAUGCGGCGAAACCUAAUCUCUACUUCUACACCACCGACGAAAUCAAUAAUGGCUGUGCAGAUGGACCAAGCAUUCCGUACUAACAAGUGGAGGAUGAAUUUUGAGAUCGAACAUUACUUGUUUGUGUUCCAUAUGGCCAUAGGUGCUUCUGGUUUUGGUGCAAAAAUUUGAUCACCUCUUCUUGCUUUUCGACUUGUUUUCUGACAUCCUGCCCGACUAUUCUCGGAGUUGUUGUAUAGUGACCACUAUUUUUCUCGGAGGUCCUGUAAAACAUCGUCCUUCAACAUUCGAUAUUACCAGAUUUCACCAGCUGCAAAACCUGUGUGAGGAGCUGUCGGAAAUCUUGGACGCGCGCCUGUGUGUCACGCAGGAAAUUUUUGAAUGCAUGUUGCAGGAAAUGACGAAUCUCGAACUUGCGCAGAGUUUGGAUGCAAUCCUCGAUCACCUACUACAAUAUGAAUCAGCACGUAUCUACUUGUAGCUCUUGACAUCUCCCUGAAACACACUACAAACCUGAUCUUCACCAUGGACGAGAUGGACAAAUUGUACUUAGUUGUGCAUGUACUAAAUGUAAAAUGUUAAGAAAAGCGUCAGCUGCAUGGUGAUCAUCUGGUAAUUGUAGGGGGGUGUGAGAAGCCACACCUUCUACAGAAUAGCAGAAACCAGUUGGGCCGUCGACCUUCCGAUAGCUGGGCCGGUGCGCAUAAAAGCCGCUAAUGGCUUAGCGCUCUACGAUAGCGACCUCUUCAUCGCGGAUUCGAUGUCUCAUGCGAUUUUUCGUCUGCGCAUGCCUGGAUCUACCAAUCAGCACGGACUGCGGAGCAGUGUGGGAGUAUGGCGCGAUGAUCAACAUAGAGGCGAUUAAUAUUAGAAAGUUACUGUAGUUGUAAAAAUAUAAAUAGUUUGUACUAUGGGCUCUCGCUCUUAUAUUUAUAUAAGUAGACAAUCUUAACCUUCCAGGAGUAUGUCUACACAUAAAUGUUUUGCUAGUGACUUCGUGAGAGGGGAGGUAGAGAGUUGUGAAGACAGCCAUACAAUCUGCGCUCCUUCCUGUUUUUCAUUUUCUGGCUUAUACCGUGACGGUGGACAGCUAGAGCUUUAUGCCGGCAAGUUACAGUGUCCUGGUUUUCGAGACGGUCCUCGUGUGAACGCAGCGCAGUUUAAUGGCCCAAACGGUUUGUGUGUUUGCCGCCGCACGGAGCAGCUCUACGUUGCUGAUACUCGAAACGAUGCGAUCCGAGCUAUCGACCUUGUUUCAGGCCUCGUGCAGACACUCACGGUUCAAAGCGUUGAUUACAUCGGUCUCUCAAACCCGGUGGAUCUUUGUGUGGUCCACGGUGAUUUCGAAUAUGAGGAUGGGCUAGAGAGCGACGACGGGAGCGCAAAAUCAGACGAUGACGGGGGCGGAGGACAUAACAAUUAUGAAGACAGUACAUCGGAAAGUGAAUGUCAACUGCAGAAACUACUAGCUAGCUAUAAAUACUUAUGUUUUGAACCGAAGAAGACCAAGAUCUUUCUAUUUCUUCAAACAAAAAAAUAUACCAAUAGAGCCAAGUCACUAGUCUUUCUGCAGGUAUGCUGUCGAGUAGGCAGCUAGGAGACUGAGGCUUGGGGUCAUUUUUGGAUUUUUUUUCCCUAUGGUGGUUGUUUGUGGGUUGUCCUUGGGCUAGCUAUAAACAUUAAUUUAUCGGCUUCGCUACUCCUAGGUGGUAUUAAAAUUAACUAUAUCGAUUUAAUAAGUCUAGGAAACGGACACGAACUUCGAAAACCGUCUCUAUCUAACGAAAAGGAGCAGGAGGUUCUGACGACGAGGCCGAGGACGGUGGCAAGCCACGACUGGAGGGGAUUCAGGAAGAGGAUUCUGCGGAAAUCGAGCUCGAAGAACUCCGUGAGGGCGAAGAUUACCUUGCCAACAUGCAAAAACGAAGAUUAUUGUCGGAUUUGCGCAGGCGAUCGGCUAGGUUUAGUCUUGCGGACGAUGGCAUUUUAGCUUCAGGAAAGAGUUCUGCGCGCACGAGUCGUCGAACUAGCCGCGCGUAUACAAGCGACAGCAUGACCACGACGCGACGCACAAGUCUGAACUUGAUGGAACGCGGUUACGAUAGUGGCACGGUGAUUGACUCCUUGCGGGAACUCUCAAAUGCAGCGAGCUACGACAAACUACCGGACCUCGCGAUCGCGUGUGAUCACAGCGUCUUCCUCAUAAAACGUUCCGGGACCUUAGAAAUGUCUCUUGUGGCUGGAAACAUAUCCGAGUACGGUUACAAGGACGCAAGUAAGGGCAGUGACGCAAGAUUCUCACAGUUGAGAGGUUUUUCUACAGCUAGGUUUUUCUACAGCUCCUUUGCAUAUCUUUGCGCUUCACAUCCUUUCGCUCUGAACGGUGUCCGGGUUUCGCAUAAUAAAUGAAGUCAAGCUAUGGAAAGCGGCCAUUCUGCUUCCAAAUCUCAUCCUGCUUUAUUCUUAUAGAUACUUGUCACACUCUUGUUCACCAUACCCACACAACGCGCAGUAUGAUCACCAGGUCUGUGCGCGAUUCGAAACAGUGUCUUCGUUGCAGAUCAUUGGAACAACGCGGUUCGCUGUAUCAACCUGAAGACGACUGCGGUCGACACUGUAAUGGAUUUCGAGCCGAACGGACCGCUCAAGCUGGUUGUUAGCGACUCCGGAUUUUUGUAUGCUCUGGACUCGGACACCAUUCACAUGUGCAAUAUUCUCAAGAUUUGCAGUGUGCAAGUGGAAACAGUGCAGGGCGACAACGGCUCUGCACUGGGAACCGUAUCGUUUCAAAAUUUGCAGAAGCAAACUGAAGUCCUGGCGCAAUACAGCAACACUACUUUCAACGCACUUGGUUCAGCAGAGAUGAACGGAGAGUCUCCGUCGGCUACUGAUGGCGCAGUUGUGAGAGCCGCAGGAGCGGUAAGCGCCGCGCAAGACGGCGCUCUUAACCUCAGACAUACCGAACAAGAUCAAAUGAAUGAACCGGAGAAGGGUAAGUCGGAUUCGCUGGGCGCGUUGCCAUUGCUUGGUAACAGUGUGGGAGGGACCGCUGAACGGCGUGCCAGCGGAUUGACGGCGCACCAGCCGGAGCAGGGAAGUUUCGCGCCGUCGCAGCUCGGAGCAACGGCAUCCGCGAAGAUGGCGGCCAUCCGCAGAGGAUCCAAUCGUGUCACAAGCAACCUACAGCCAAAAAACAAAGGCCGUUCGGAUGCAGAACAACCACGCAGCGGCUCAUUUCUUGAUGCAAACUGGCGCACACCUGGCAGCUCAUCUAAGACCAAAGCGAAUAUUAAUAUAGCUGAAGAUGCCGCGGACGGCGACGGAGGCUCUUCGUCUUCGGAUAGCACGGGCGCGGGACUGGCCAGCGGGGCAGCUGGGGGCAGUGGUGAUCUUCGGGGUCCAGCUGCGGACGAGACCGUGGCAACAGUCGAAACCGUCUUCCAGCAAACGGCAUCGUCAUCUGCAUCAGCCGCUGUGGGUGUUCCGUUAUCAGCUGCGGACCCUUCUUCUGGAUCAGGAAUCACUGAUCCAAAUAAGAACGUUGUUGACCGUGGUGCACCGGUAACUUCGUCGGUAACUGAAAUGUUGCGCCGUGGCAGCUUUUCUGAUCCAACGAUAUUGAAUGCGCCGAACUUGCCUGGUUUCAACCCCAACAACAUGACAAAUCACUAUCCGCAAGGACAUGCAUUCAACUUCGCCACAAGCGGUGGCCCGCCUCCGCCGCUGAUGAUUGGGCAGCAUGUGGCGCCCUCUCCUAGUGGAGGCAGCGCAGCGGGGUUUAGCGUUUCACCGAGUCCGUCGGCAAGUAGCAACGCAACUGGUGGAACGACCGGUCCGCCGACUCUUCUGACUAGUACAUUUGGCAACACGCUGUUCGAUCCCUCUCGUACUGGCACGGUAGCGAAGCCGCGCGCCAGUGGUGAGAUCGCGCUGCAGCAGAAACGCCCUAGCGCAGCGCCAGAAAUCCCAGCUGCGCUCAGGUCCUUGGUCCCCGGCGCAACCUUGCACCCUGCUUUGUACCAAAUGAGCGCGGCCGCUGCAUCAAGCCACCAGGACUCCUCUAGCGGAUCCUCUUCAACGGUGAGCGGUUCGCAAUUCCGAGUUUCUGUAGCCUCCAGUGUUUCUGACGCAGACGAGCCAAGCUCCUAUCAUGCGAAAAGCAUAAAGAGCGGCGGCGGAGGUGGGAAGCUCAACAAAUUUGGAUCCACCGCAGGGAAAGCAUGGCAGAAAGUACCUCUCAGUCUGAACGAGGUCAUUGAUCAGCUAGGAGGCGGUGGCGGUAGGGGCGGCGCGAGCACUCGGAACGGAUCCUCGUCUUCUAUGAUAAGCUUUCUAACUAAGAAUAACAAGUACGUCAAGCAUCGUUUGUUUCUGAAGUCCGUCUUUAGGUGUUAGACACAUGAUCAUAUGUUCAACAUGUCCUCUGAUAACGUUGACAAUCCUCAUUGUCUCCGUCUCGCUUGCGCUUCUUCGAACUUAUCACGAAACUUUCUUUUUACCGGUGGCCCUAUUCUCAGUGGCGCGAAUAUGAUGAAUAGCCAGGGCGCGCCACUGUGUCUUGCAUUUCAGGACCUACCGCAGGAUCCCAACGGUAGCGAUCACAACAAGUUUGCGACAGUGCUCAGUGACCAGCAUCCCGUCUACAACAGCGGUGGAGGAAUAGCCGGGCCCUCUGGUGGCGCGCGAGGAACUGGCUACGUGAGCACUGCAAAUGCAUCGACAGUAGGGAGCGGACAGCAAAGCCGACAGGGAAGCGCGCGCGUCUCGUACUCACAGCCCCUCCUAGCUGGGCCGGGAACGAAGCAAAUCCUCAGCAAGCAGCAAGCACUGCCACCGGCGCAAGCGCAGGUAGAUCCUUUCUCGCAUUACGGAUCUUCUCGGGAGUUCUUCGCCCCCACAAGGGCGAUAGUUGGUGCAACGGCAGUGCGAGCGCAGCAGGCUUCGCAUCUGCUGCUCAAAUCUGAUAGCCCUUUCUCAAAGUCGCUCAAUCUUCUACACCGCGAUCCGAGCGGCGACCACUCUUUUCUGUCUUCGAACGAGGACCAAGCAGGAGUAUCGCCUAACGAAGUUCUUGGAGAAGACCAGUGCAUGGGAGCUGUAGCACAGGCGGCACCAACUCCGUCUAGACAGAACAAAGCAGAUAUUGAGGAGCUACAAGUGGAUCUAGAAAAAACUGAGGAGGAGCUCGAGUACCAGCGAGCACUGCAAGAGGACCUGCAUGAAUUCUUUCCUGGAGUGGACUUACUUGAUCACACAAAGUCGCCUUCAAACAAGCUUCUUAGACCCGGAACUGGAGCUGGACCAACCAUGCAAUGUCAACUACAACAUGGGUCGCCGGCUGGAGGUGCGGGAAUGGCGCUCAUGUCAAGACGGGGAAGUGCGUUAAUCAAUAUUCGUGGGCGAACGAAGUACGGGCAUAACUUGAAGUCCACACUGAGAGACGGGAACAGAAAUCAGCGAGACCACAGAGAAGAACGCGACGAUGUGUUUCAGCCACAUGCACGAAGCUCUGCCGAUGUCGGAGGAGGGACAACUGCUAGUACGGGUGCGGCAGCCACUCUCAGAGAUGCUUAUGGUCCAACAUCGACUCCUGGAAACUAUCUUUCUAGCAGUGGUUCUCAACAACAACAUCGUGGUUCUUCAACGAUCGCCGGUAGCUUAAGUGUACAGAACCGUGCCAGUCAACUGGGUCUUCCAUCUGCCACUGGAUCUGGACCGUGCACAGACUAUGCUUUAGUGAAUCCACCUCGGCUAAGCCUUUUCGUCGGUUUGUCUGGGGCGCCGUGGGUGCUGAAAGUAAGUCCGCCGAAGAAAUGGUGGAAAACUGACGAAAAGACGUUUCCUCGGUUUCACGCUAUUGCAGUGGACUCCCGGCGGUGUCUUCUGGCGGACUCAAUCAGCCAUCAAGUUUUCGUGGUGAACCACGAGCGACAAACAAAGGAUCGCAUCGCGGGGUGUGGCAAAUGUGGCUUUCUAGAUUUAUGCAAGCGGAGAGAUGCACUUUUUGGAGAUUUCUAAUUACUUGAGGUGGCAGUUGUGGCUAAAUAAAAAGACGAAGAGGUUAUCAUAGCCGUGAUGUACUUCGUAAAUUUUCUAUCUACUUAAGUAUUCUAAGUCGUUGAAGAUGAAGAAGACCAAGAUUCGCUACUUGUGAAUAAAUAUGUCCUUGCCGCGUCUAAGUCAAGGUCCACUGGACAUUUGCCGGUUGAAUCAGCCUCUUGGGCUCGCCAUCGACUCGGCGCGAGGUUUCAUUUACGUUGCCGACGCGGGAAACAAUCGCGUACGUCGUAUCAAUUUGAGUACUGGCUUCAUAUCUACAGUCGUGGGCAAUGGUUCGCGUGGAUGCGGAAGGAACACGCUAGACACGCCGUACGACCUGCAGUUUUUCUCGCCACACUUUCUGCUGAUCACGUGCGCAGACAACUGUGUGCGCUCGUUCGAUCUCAAGCGGAAAAUACUUACCACCGUCCUGAUUGGAAGCUGAACGCGUCGCUAUGUAUCCCGAGGGCGGAGAGACGGAAGAUGCAAAUAGAAAUGCAUCACUAGAUGUAAAAAACCAAAGAGUUGUCGAAAAAUAAAGGCCGAAUCUAUCGAUGCAGAAUGAAAGCGUUACGAUCUCAUUUUUAUUGUCUUGAGCUCGAGCAGGAGUUUGUACAUGAUGAAAAGGAAGUGUUUGCGUUUGGGUUAAUCUCUGACAGUGUCUAAUACAGUGAGUCAGACCUCAAAAGAAAAAGUCUUUGUCCGGAUGAAGUGAUCUUCAAUGCUGAGGUUGUCUCUUGAAGUGGAUCAACAACAUGAUGCAGCAUCUGCAUCUGUUAGGGUACAGGUGAUACCUAUGCAGACUGUCGUGAUCUGCAAGAAAUGGCUGUCCCUCACAUUCUUGCAAUUGCAAGUUAGUAGUACUAGCACUAGUUACAAGUAGUAUGGCUGUCGUUCAUAUUUAUGACAUAGACCCUUACCUAGUAGUAGAAGGGUUCGAGAUACUCUCAAAAUGAUUGUAAUUCAUCAAGAAACAUCACACCUGGACCUAGGAGAAACACUUGUUGUCGCUUGCAGGCUUCUACAAAGC